CUGGCGUGCAGUCAACGGAAUGUGCUGCUCCUCUCAUCCGCUCACUGAACAGAGCAGACGCAGCGGGGAAGUAAGGCCUCACGCUUGCAGUACUGGCGAUAUUUGGAAUUUGGAAAGUUGCUAAGGGUUAAAGAUGGACCUUGUGCUGAAUGUUGCAGAUUAUUACUUCUUCACUCCAUAUGUAUACCCCUCAUCAUGGCCUGAGGACCAGCCUCUGCGACAGAUCAUCAGCUUGAUGGUGGUCACCAACCUGGGCACUGCAAUCCUGUAUUUAGGCCUGGGUGCAUUAAGCUACUUUUUCAUUUUUGUCCACAAAUUGAAGCAACACCCUCAAUUUUUGGAGGUGCUGUAUUUAGCCCUGUACGUGUUUGUCAACAUAUGGACCGUCUCCAUUCAUGAUGGGGACUACCGCAUCCCCAGCCUGUUUGAGAAUGUCAUUAAUGGUUCAGCACACCACACAGACCACCACCUCUUCUUUGACCACAACUAUGGGCAGUACUUCACCUUGUGGGACCGCCUUGGAAGCUCUUACCGGUACCCUUCUGCGCUGAUGGGAAAGGGGCCGCACGACCACAUCAAGAAAUUAAUGACAGAAGGGAAGCUGAACUCAAAUGGUGUAAAUAGGCACAACAAUAAUAAUAAUGGUGCUCAUGUCAAGAAAGAGUAGGUAGACACUCAAAAACAUGAAUAUGUUUUUAAAGGUAAGUUUUCUACCCUUAAAAUAUGUCUUUAUUCAUAUAAGGAUCUAAAAUUCUUCAGAAAUAAUCAGUUAUGCAUAAAAUGUGUUUACUGUUGCCAAAAAGAAACAUGCACAAUAUGUCUAUCAUCGCCAUAUAAAAACAUUCACUAUGGCUACCCAGUUGAUACUCUUUUGUUUGCGUGCAACUUAAUAUGAAUCAUUACCCAUCAUUACUAAAAUGAGUAUUUACCAGGCUGAUCUGUCACGUAAGCGUCUAUAAUUUUGCUGUCUUAAACAUUCAAAGAAUAUUAAAACACUGUCAGUACUAUCCCUUGCCUUUACAUGACCCCGGUUCACCUUUCUUAUAGCAGUAUGCUGUCUUUAAAGUAAAUUCGAAUUUAGCUGUGUUUAUCUGAUCAAAGUUAAGGGCUUUCUGAUUUACAGUCAUCUUAUUUUAAAGGGAAGCUGUAAUCUCUGGUAUGCUUUUGAUAUGAUAUGCACAUUCUUUCCAAAUAAAAUGGAGUAUAUUU